AUGAAUCGCCUUUUGUGUUUUCAGCUUGUCGUUACAUUGUGCUUUGGGUUGAGUUGCGCCAAGUUCUACGAGAAAGACUCCGUACAUUUUAAUAACUCUCUUAAUCCAAACAACAUUCUCAAAGUUCAUUGUAUAUCGGACCAAGAUGACUUUGGCGACCACUUUUUAAGCCCGGGACAAACUUAUGAUUUUAGCUUUUAUGAAAGUAUUACGAAAACAAAGGUCGAUUGUGACUUAUGGCAGGGACCUGAUUUCAGGUUUCAUGCAAAGUUCAGGGCAUAUAAAGGUGGUGGAUUCAUCGUUCAUUAUGGCAAGAAAAACUUUUGGGAUGCUAGAGAAAAUGGGAUUUACUUCACACAUGGUAAAGAGUUACCCAAGUUGGAGUAA